AUGCACCCCAUAGCGAGGGUCGGCGGUGAGGGGGCACGCGCCACCCCGUGCGUUGACUCGAACGGGGCUCAGCGAUAUUAUUAUCAACAGCAGACUCAACGAAUCGGCAUGAUACCAAGAGAUACUCAGAGAGACGACCCGAAUGGCGUAGUGGGUAGUGUACCUGCCUCCUGCGCCAAAGGGAGUGGGUUCAAUCCCCAC